AUGAGGCACUUUUAUCUCAGUAUUUUUGUUACAGUCUCGCUUUUCGACAGAUAUUCAGAGUCUGCUGCGACACCUUGUUCCACCUAUACAUACUUCGGAGCCACUGACACUGGGGAUUGGACUACUGCGGGCCCUUCAGACAUCACUUAUAACUACUAUAAUUAUCAAUACUACUUCGACAAUGCUUACAGUUAUAAUGGUUAUGAUUAUGGAACUAAGCAAAGUAUAUAUGUAGUGAAUGCUACUCGAUAUACUAUCGACUGCUGUGGGGUCGUAGAACAGUGGACAGUGGCAGUAUAUUGGCCUGGGGAUGUGAACAUGCAAAUAUGGACCCCUGUGUCUGGAUACGAAUACAGCCUGCGAGGGGAAAAUGUUAUCACUGUUAAUAACCAAUAUCCUAAUGGAUAUGAUACAGAACUGGUUGUUGAUGGUGUAUCUGAUCAAAUUCCUGUUAGAAAUGGCGAUGUCAUUGGCUGGCAUUCUCCGGGAGAUCAAAAUAUAGUGAAAUAUGACCUAGACUGUACUAACUCCCUCGGUAAAAAUAAUGAUUGCAUUUCACCUUCAAAUUAUUUCGAAAAAGAUGGCAGUUCGGCAGUACCCGUUGGAGGUUCGGUCACGUUUACCGGAACAGCUGCUCAGUGGGGGAUUUCACCUUGGGUACAAAGGAACUUUGGAGUAAUGGUUGAAGUUGGUCCAAGUGAACCUCCAAUAUUUCAAAAUUUACCUUACACAACAAGCACUGCUGAUGAUACCGCAUUGGGAACAGUGAUAUUCGUCGCAUAUGCAGUAGAUCCAAACACAUUGGAGACGCUCACAAUGACGAUAUCACCAACAACUAACUUUAUACUAAAUGGAUCGAACGGUGAAGUAACUGUUGACAGUGCACUGACUACAGGCACCUAUGUGUUGACGAUACAAGUCAGUGAUGAUUGCAAUGAUAUCAGUGCCGAUUUAACGGUUAUCGUAACAGCUAAUGAUGACUGUGCAUCAUCUCCUUGUCUCAACGGAGCUACGUGCAACGAUGCAUAUUUGGCAUACACAUGCACAUGUGCAGCAGGAUACACAGGAAGCGAGUGUCAAACAGAUAUUGAUGAAUGCGCAACUACUCCGUGCCAAAAUGGAGGGACUUGUACAGAUGGCAUUAACACUUUCACAUGUAACUGUGUAGCUGGAUAUACUGAUAGUGUCUGCUCUACAGAUAUUGAUGAAUGCGCAACUACUCCAUGCCAAAAUGGAGGGACGUGUACAGAUGGCAUUAACACUUACACAUGUAACUGUGUAGCUGGAUAUACUGAUAGUGUCUGCUCUACGGAUAUUGAUGAAUGCGCAACUACUCCAUGCCAAAAUGGAGGGACGUGUACAGAUGGCAUUAACACCUACACAUGUAAUUGUGUAGCUGGAUAUACUGAUAGUGUCUGCUCUACAGAUAUUGAUGAAUGCGCAACUACUCCAUGCCAAAAUGGAGGGACGUGUACAGAUGGCAUUAACACUUACACAUGUAACUGUGUAGCUGGAUAUACUGAUAGUGUCUGCUCAACAGAUAUUGAUGAAUGCGCUACUACUCCAUGCCAAAAUGGAGGGACGUGUACAGAUGGCAUUAACACUUACACAUGUAACUGUGUAGCUGGAUAUUCUGAUAGUGUCUGCUCAACAGAUAUUGAUGAAUGCGCAACUACUCCGUGCCAAAAUGGAGGGACGUGUACAGAUGGCAUUAACACUUUCACAUGUAACUGUGUAGCUGGAUAUACUGAUAGUGUCUGCUCUACAGAUAUUGAUGAAUGUGCAACUACUCCAUGCCAAAAUGGAGGGACGUGUACAGAUGGCAUUAACACUUACACAUGUAACUGUGUAGCUGGAUAUACUGAUAGUGUCUGCUCUACAGAUAUUGAUGAAUGCGCUACUACUCCAUGCCAAAAUGGAGGGACGUGUACAGAUGGCAUUAACACUUAUACAUGUAACUGUGUAGCUGGAUAUACUGAUAGUAUCUGCUCUACAGAUAUUGAUGAAUGCGCAACUACUCCAUGCCAAAAUGGAGGGACGUGUACGGAUGGCAUUAACACUUACACAUGUAACUGUGUAGCUGGAUAUACUGAUAGUGUCUGCUCUACAGAUAUUGAUGAAUGCGCAACUACUCCAUGCCAAAAUGGAGGGACGUGUACAGAUGGCAUUAACACUUACACAUGUAACUGUGUAGCUGGAUAUACUGAUAGUGUCUGCUCAACAGAUAUUGAUGAAUGCGCAACUACUCCAUGCCAAAAUGGAGGGACGUGUACAGAUGGCAUUAACGUUUUCACAUGUAACUGUGUAGCUGGAUAUACUGAUAGUAUCUGCUCUACAGAUAUUGAUGAAUGCGCAACUACUCCAUGCCAAAAUGGAGGGACGUGUACGGAUGGCAUUAACACUUACACAUGUAACUGUGUAGCUGGAUAUACUGAUAGUGUCUGCUCUACAGAUAUUGAUGAAUGCGCAACUACUCCAUGCCAAAAUGGAGGGACGUGUACAGAUGGCAUUAACACUUACACAUGUAACUGUGUAGCUGGAUAUACUGAUAGUGUCUGCUCAACAGAUAUUGAUGAAUGCGCAACUACUCCAUGCCAAAAUGGAGGGACGUGUACAGAUGGCAUUAACGUUUUCACAUGUAACUGUGUAGCUGGAUAUACUGAUAGUAUCUGCUCUACAGAUAUUGAUGAAUGCGCAACUACUCCAUGCCAAAAUGGAGGGACGUGUACAGAUGGCAUUAACACUUUCACAUGUAACUGUGUAGCUGGAUAUACUGAUAGUGUCUGCUCAACAGAUGUUGAUGAAUGUGCAACUACUCCGUGCCAAAAUGGAGGGACGUGUACAGAUGGCAUUAACACUUUCACAUGUAACUGUGUAGCUGGAUAUACUGAUAGUGUCUGCUCUACAGAUAUUGAUGAAUGCGCAACUACUCCAUGCCAAAAUGGAGGGAUGUGUACAGAUGGCAUUAACACUUACACAUGUAACUGUGUAGCUGGAUAUACUGAUAGUGUCUGCUCUACAGAUAUUGAUGAAUGCGCACCUACUCCAUGCCAAAAUGGAGGGACGUGUACAGAUGGCAUUAACACUUACACAUGUAACUGUGUAGCUGGAUAUACUGAUAGUGUCUGCUCUACAGAUAUUGAUGAAUGCGCAACUACUCCAUGCCAGAAUGGAGGGACGUGUACAGAUGGCAUUAACACUUACACAUGUAACUGUGUAGCUGGAUAUACUGAUAGUGUCUGCUCUACAGAUAUUGAUGAAUGCGCUACUACUCCAUGCCAAAAUGGAGGGACGUGUACAGAUGGCAUUAACACUUACACAUGUAACUGUGUAGCUGGAUAUACUGAUAGUGUCUGCUCUACAGAUAUUGAUGAAUGUGCAACUACUCCAUGCCAAAAUGAAGGGACGUGUAUAGAUGGCAUUAACACUUACACAUGUAACUGUGUAGCUGGAUAUACUGAUAGUGUCUGCUCUACAGAUAUUGAUGAAUGCGCACCUACUCCAUGCCAAAAUGGAGGGACGUGUACAGAUGGCAUUAACACGUACACAUGUAACUGUGUAGCUGGAUAUACUGAUAGUAUCUGCUCUACAGAUAUUGAUGAAUGCGCACCUACUCCAUGUCAAAAUGGAGGGACGUGUACAGAUGGCAUAAACACUUACACAUGUAACUGUGUAGCUGGAUAUACUGAUAGUGUCUGCUCUACAGACAUUGAUGAAUGCGCAAUUACUCCAUGUCAAAAUGGAGGGACGUGUACAGAUGGCAUUAACACUUACACAUGUAACUGUGUAGCUGGAUAUACUGAUAGUGUUUGCUCUACAGAUAUUGAUGAAUGCGCAACUACUCCAUGCCAAAAUGGAGGGACGUGUACAGAUGGCAUUAACACUUACACAUGUAACUGUGUAGCUGGAUAUACUGAUAGUGUCUGCUCUACAGAUAUUGAUGAAUGCGCUACUACUCCAUGCCAAAAUGGAGGGACGUGUACAGAUGGCAUAAACACUUACACAUGUAACUGUGUAGCUGGAUAUACUGAUAGCGUCUGCUCUACAGAUAUUGAUGAAUGCGCUACUACUCCAUGCCAAAAUGGAGGGACGUGUACAGAUGGCAUUAACACUUACACAUGUAACUGUGUAGCUGGAUAUACUGAUAGUGUCUGCUCUACAGAUAUUGAUGAAUGUGCAACUACUCCAUGCCAAAAUGAAGGGACGUGUAUAGAUGGCAUUAACACUUACACAUGUAACUGUGUAGCUGGAUAUACUGAUAGUGUCUGCUCUACAGAUAUUGAUGAAUGCGCACCUACUCCAUGCCAAAAUGGAGGGACGUGUACAGAUGGCAUUAACACGUACACAUGUAACUGUGUAGCUGGAUAUACUGAUAGUAUCUGCUCUACAGAUAUUGAUGAAUGCGCACCUACUCCAUGUCAAAAUGGAGGGACGUGUACAGAUGGCAUAAACACUUACACAUGUAACUGUGUAGCUGGAUAUACUGAUAGUGUCUGCUCUACAGACAUUGAUGAAUGCGCAAUUACUCCAUGUCAAAAUGGAGGGACGUGUACAGAUGGCAUUAACACUUACACAUGUAACUGUGUAGCUGGAUAUACUGGUAGUGUUUGCUCUACAGAUAUUGAUGAAUGCGCAACUACUCCAUGCCAAAAUGGAGGGACGUGUACAGAUGGCAUUAACACUUACACAUGUAACUGUGUAGCUGGAUAUACUGAUAGUGUCUGCUCUACAGAUAUUGAUGAAUGCGCUACUACUCCAUGCCAAAAUGGAGGGACGUGUACAGAUGGCAUAAACACUUACACAUGUAACUGUGUAGCUGGAUAUACUGAUAGCGUCUGCUCUACAGAUAUUGAUGAAUGCACACCUACUCCAUGCCAAAAUGGAGGAACGUGUACAGAUGGCAUUAACACUUACACAUGUAACUGUGUCGCUGGAUAUACUGAUAGUGUCUGCUCUACAGAUAUUGAUGAAUGCGCACCUACUCCAUGCCAAAAUGGAGGGACGUGUACAGAUGGCAUUAACACGUACACAUGUAACUGUGUAGCUGGAUAUACUGAUAGUAUCUGCUCUACAGAUAUUGAUGAAUGCGCACCUACUCCAUGUCAAAAUGGAGGGACGUGUACAGAUGGCAUAAACACUUACACAUGUAACUGUGUAGCUGGAUAUACUGAUAGUGUCUGCUCUACAGACAUUGAUGAAUGCGCAAUUACUCCAUGUCAAAAUGGAGGGACGUGUACAGAUGGCAUUAACACUUACACAUGUAACUGUGUAGCUGGAUAUACUGAUAGUGUUUGCUCUACAGAUAUUGAUGAAUGCGCAACUACUCCAUGCCAAAAUGGAGGGACGUGUACAGAUGGCAUUAACACUUACACAUGUAACUGUGUAGCUGGAUAUACUGAUAGUGUCUGCUCUACAGAUAUUGAUGAAUGCGCUACUACUCCAUGCCAAAAUGGAGGGACGUGUACAGAUGGCAUAAACACUUACACAUGUAACUGUGUAGCUGGAUAUACUGAUAGCGUCUGCUCUACAGAUAUUGAUGAAUGCACACCUACUCCAUGCCAAAAUGGAGGAACGUGUACAGAUGGCAUUAACACUUACACAUGUAACUGUGUCGCUGGAUAUACUGAUAGUGUCUGCUCUACAGAUAUUGAUGAAUGCGCAACUACUCCAUGCCAAAAUGGAGGGACGUGUACAGAUGGCAGUAACACUUACACAUGUAACUGUGUAGCUGGAUAUACUGAUAGCGUCUGCUCUACAGAUAUUGAUGAAUGCGCAACUACUCCAUGCCAAAAUGGAGGGACGUGUACAGAUGGCAUUAACACUUACACAUGUAACUGUGUAGCUGGAUAUACUGAUAGUGUCUGCUCUACAGAUAUAAAUGAAUGUGCACCUAUUCCCUGCCAAAAUGGAGCGACGUGUAUUGAUGGAAUAAAUACUUACACGUGUAGCUGCGUACCUGGAUACACUGAUAAUGACUGUGAAACGGACAUAGACGAAUGUGCAUCUAGUCCUUGUCAACAUGGAGGGAUGUGCAUAGACGGAAUUGAGACUUAUAGGUGUAGUUGUUUAGCGGGAUACACAGAUACUGUUUGUGAAACAGAUAUAGAUGAUUGUACAGUUACGUCCUGUCAAAAUGGAGGCACGUGUACAGAUGGCAUUAACACAUAUACAUGUAGCUGUAUUCCUGGUUAUACUGGUGCUGACUGUAGCACAGAUAUAGAUGAAUGUGUAAGUACUCCUUGUCAAAACGGAGGGACGUGUACACAAGGAAUCAACUCUUAUACAUGUCAGUGUGUUCCUGGAUACUCUGGGAGUGAAUGUGAAAAAGUUAUACCCGAGUCUUCCUCACUAAUGAGUACUCCAGAGGGCCAAGCUAUGAUUGGUGCUAUUGUUGGAUGUCUGACUGUAGCAGCAGCAGUGGCAACAGGAAUCAGCAUUUUCAGAUUUAUCAAAAAGCGUAAAAGUGCUGUAUUUAAACUGAAACAUACUGGUGAUAGGGAGGAACCUAAGCAAUGCCAAACUUUCUGUAGUAGCGGGUCCCAAGAACCACUACAUAACAAGACUUCUAAUAAUGAAGUGGAAGAUGUAUCGGAUAUAGAGGAUGAUAUAUCUAUUAUCAUGGACGAGCCCACAACAUAUGAGGAACUUUCACUCAAGGAGGAUCUAGUCCCUACAGACGAAACUACCCCUCGAGAGGAAGUUUUCCAGAAAGAGGAAAUGCCAAUUUCCCCCACAAAGGAAUUUUCCUCCAUAGGAGAAAUUCCCGAGGAAGGUCCAAAUGAAAAUCUUGAAUCAAGUCUAGACAUUAGUCUUCCGGGGUCACCUGAACCAUCGCCAUCUAUUGAACAAACUCAAACCAAUAUGUCACCGGGAUCAAAUCAAGCGUUGACUCCUUCAGAAAUAAAAGCGAAAUUUGUUAGUGACGUCUUUACACCUAGAAAGACAGUGCAAUCAAUUAUGAAGAUUCCUAAAUCUAUUACGCAAGUGCACAGAAUAGUAAGGAAACCUCCAUGGAAAUAACACCGUUCAGCGGACAAGGCGGUAAUCACAACUUGAUACUUACAACCUCAUAUUUACUGUCUGAUACGCAGAUUGACAGGCACCUUACCCCUGUCUACAAAUAUAUAUCAAUGCACAGAGCUCUGGAAAACAAAUUAAAGAACAAUUUAACAAUAAUCUGCAUGUGCAUUAAUCGCUAU